AGGUUUCAAUCAUAACCUCGCGCGUGUACGACUUUGUUCGGGCAUGUCCGGAGAUAUAUGCGGACAAGCUUCUACUAGUAUAGAAACCAAACAUGUUGUGACCGAAAAUAAAUAAAUUUACUACAUAAUAAACAAAGGAAUAUUCCUAUGUCAGGAAUUCGUUUAGUUUUAAUCCUAAAAAAAGUAAGGAUAUGCAUCUUUCUAAUACUCCAUGUGCCAGCUGUUUUGACAUUUUCAUUCUUAUUCCAAUCCAGAUCCGUCUUACAUUUUCUUACAUGAACAUACAAAAUAACAGACAACGAAAGUUUCGUCUCGUACAAAUGUGACCUUAAAGACCGACAGGAUUCGUGACCUGCUGAGGAUAAUUCUGUCGACUUGUCACUGAAUUAUCAUCGGAAUGAGUAUCUGGUCCAUGCUGAACGUAUUCAUUAAAUUUGGAUUUUGGCCCACGAGACUUUUCUGGCUCCCGAUUCUGCACCUCGUCACGGUUGCGCUUAUAAGCUCCGCUUUGCCAAGGUUUUAUAGAAGACAUGUAGAGUUGGUUAAUUUCUUCCAAAGUAAGACCCUUCGUUUCCUUGGCAAAGAGGAAGAUGAUAACAGCAGCUGUCAGGUUGCAAGAUGCAAAAAGAUAUCCAUACUUGAAGCCAAUGGAAUUGCUAAUAAAUGGAGUAAAGAACGAAAUCAAAAAGUUGCAAAACCAAUUGCUUGCUGUAGCGACGGCAGCGCAUUUGGAACGGUAACGAAUGGGAUAGGAUUCACCAACAAUAACGUAUGCUGCAGGAGCCCAAGAUUGAGCAAAGCAGAAAAUAAAGAGACAAGAGAAGACAAUCAUGACAGCCCCAGCACGAUGAUUUGAGGUCCCGUUGGGGCGUGUUAAAGCACGAUCACCAACUGAAGCGUAAAUGAAGAAGCAAAUAGAUUGCCAAAUACCACCAAAAAUGAGGGGGUUACGACGACCAAAGUACUCUAGGACGAAGAUGGCACCAAAGGUACAGCCAAAAUUGACAGCAUCGAGAAUCAAUGAAGCCAAGAAAGGAGAGUUCAAACCGGUACCACGGAACACUUGAGUACCGUAAUAGAAGAAAUAGUUGUUACCAGUUAAUUGUUGGAAAGCCAUAACUGCCAUACCUAAUAAUGUACGGUAACGGAUAGGACUUUGGAAGAUUUCUAUCCAUCUGCAGGGACCACCUUCAGUUUCAGCUUCCACGUCUGUUUGAAUAGCAUUGUAUUCCUUUUGCAUUAAAGGGUGAUCUGGUGUAAGUCCGGAGUUGCGACACAAAAUCUGCAUGCACUCUUCGUUUUGCCCUCUCAUUGCCAAAUAACGUGGAGAUUCCUUUAAAAAGAGCAUACCUAAAAACAUCAAAAUUCCCCAUAACAAGUUAAUACCGAUUGGAACUCGCCAUUGUGUAGUUCCAUGACGCUUUUGUGUGCCAAUGUUGACACAUGCAGCGAUGAAAAUACCAGCAGUAAUGAAAAGUUGGUAAGUAGUGACAAUGGCACCGCGAAUCUGUGGUGGAGCAGAUUCAGACUGAUAACCUGGAGCAAUAACCGAAAGGGCUCCAAUGCUGAGACCAGUCCAAAUUUUUGCGACCAUGAUUUGAACCCAAGAAGGAACUGUGGUAAGUUGUACAAUGAUGCCGCUUAUAUAGACCAAAGCCCAUCCCAUGAUACAUUUUCUUUUACCAAAACGAUCGGCUAAGGGUGAAGAAAGUAAGCAACCGAUUGUUGUACCUAUGUUUACCAUACCGACCAGAAGACCCUGACGUGCUGAAGAAUACGAAUAUGUGUCGGCAACCGGAUCAUAGCGGUCUGCAUAUCUCGAUUGAAAGUCUCUCAUGCUGGUAAUACCACCAAUGGAACCCGUGUCAGCGCCAAACAUCCAGCCGGCCAUGGACACGAAGACCAACAUCAUGGUCGUGAGUAAUUUCCCCAUUUUGAAAAACGAUAAUCAGGUUUUCCAAGGAAAGCAAUAAAUGGACGAUAGCUUAUAAGAAUGGAUGAUUUCGACCCAAGAAUAAAAUAAAAAUACUAGAGGAUAUAUUAAUACUGCGUUGUAUACGGAAUCUUGAAUCCCGAUUGACUGAUUCUGUAUUUGCUUUUAUAUGAGACUUGUUCAGAAUAAACAAACAAGGCAGAACCAAUUACAUAAAGUGGUUGUUUACUCCAAACUUUAUAGCGAAGAAUGCUGAGCGUGUUUUAAAGACGCGAACGAAGUAAACAAACUGAACUGAAAACACUAUUUUAUUUGAGGUUUGCGAGAAUUGAAGAUUGGCUAGCAAGUUCUGAGAAAAUUCAAAAGAUGGUCCCCACUUGAAGUAAAGAAGCUUGAGAAAGAGGUUUCUGACGAUGCUUUUGUGUCUUACGGGAAACAACUAGUUACCAGCCGUAUGAAGUUUGGUGUCAGAUUUUCAAAAGUAAACCUGAUUAAAAACUAUUGUAUGUAUAUACCUCCUCUACUCAAGAUUACCUCAGUCUUCUCCAGUUCAUGUUUAGUUAUGAUCGAAAUGUCGCAAAACAAUACUGCAAUAAUUAGGAAAUCGGUAACACUACCUUUCCUGCUAAUGAAGCUGGCCAUGAUAUAUUUGUGACGUAGUAUUAUGACAGUCGGUCACUCUUAUCUAAUUAAGUUUCGGUCAAUACAGGGAGAUAUGAUACUGUAAUAUACAUGCAUAACCCAAUCAUAUGGAUCCCCACCUUGAAUCUCCACAGCCAUAAAGUUUGGGGUAUGUUUACCAUUAGUCGCAAGUGUAAACAAACAAGGAACCAGUCUAUGAUUCCUCAUGAAUAGUCUGAGGAGGGAGUCCAUCCAAAUUGGGAGUAUAAAUUGUAUUUCAUAAAUUAUUUCAGAUUUAAUUUUCUGAAGAAAUAGCCGCUACUCCGAAAACCUACACCACAUUGUUUGUGUUGGUAUUAUGACCAUUCAACGCUAGACACCUCAUCUUUCUGUAACAUAAAAAUGGAGAAAAUGAGGGGCAUGAAUCCAAAAAAGCUUAUUUUCUUUACUCAAAUGAGGCACUGUUCGUAUAAUUCGGUGGCUACACAGACUAUAAACGCUAAUUUUCAUGUGGCUGGAUUCUAUAGGAAGAGGGGAAGACUAUUCACUCAUUACAUGGUCAAUUUUAAUUUGAAAGUGCUUGAAAACGCCUUGUCAUUUUGGUCCCAGUUUAUGAUCAUUCAAUGACUAGAUUUAUCCAUGUUUUCUAUAUAUUCCGUGAAUUCUCUCUCAUUCUGGCAUCAAUAUUUCUUGGUCCUGCUCAAAUAUAUUCAUUUUUUGCCUAUUCUCACACUUCUUUUUUGGUGUUCAAUUCAUUUUCAACUGUUUGUCUAUUUCAGCUCGUUUUACAAGUAUGACUCAAAUCUCAAAAGUUUCUUACAAUCGCCCUACCAUACAAGCCAAGCGUGAUCAUGCACAAGCUACAAGCUUUUCAGUCUCCACGGAACAUACAAAGCUUGAGUCUUUUGAAAUGGACAAGUAUUCCAAACUUGAAGGCCUUCGUGCACAAUUGUAUAAUCUAUUAGCAAAAGCACCCUUUUCUAAUCUCCGCAAACGCGAUUCUAUUUUGCACAAGUUGUUUCGAUUGCUAUAUUGCCCAGGUCAUUAUAUCUCAUGCCGUGAGAAGCAGCAUAUCCAUCGAGUAGUCACUACUAAAAGUUUGAUGCAUAGCUCACCUGGUGCUAUUGACAUCGUUUACAAAGAUGGUAGGCAAGAGGAAGAUUCGAUUGAUGAUUUCUAUACCGACGCUAUGCAGUCGCCGUUAUCCAUGACUGUGAUCAAUGAUGAUAGCAAGUCUUCGUAUUCGGAGUCUUCUACUUGUACAAAGUACAGCUUUCCCGAUAGUGCUUCUUCCAUAUCCUGCACAGCUCAGAAGGAUUUGGAUACGUACAAACAAAAAUUAAUGACCGAUAAGAGUGAAGACCAUAAUAGCAUUGAUUGGUUUUCCAUGGAUAGCGACGAUGAAGAUUCACUAAGCUUCUCAAGCUCUGACAUUGAAAAAAACUUCUCCGUUCUAAAAGAAUUACUUAAAAAUUCAGAACUAAAGUCCGUUGGUCAAGUUGUGCAAGGAGAAGAUAUUGAUCGUUUGGAGAACACAUGGAAAUCACUGAAUAGUGGAUCUAUUGAUGAUCCUUCUAUCUUGCUUCUCCGUUUAGAAUUCCUGUUGGCAGACCUGCAAACUGCCAUUCGUAAAUAUCCAGAAAUGACCUGUGGAAACUACCAAAACGAAGCCUUUUUUGAUAAAGUAAAAGUGGAACUUCAAGGUUUUGGCGUCUGCGUAUAAUAUUCCUUUCAUUUCUCUUAUGAUAAUUUAAAUUUCCUAACCUCAUAUCUAUGUGAUUAACUUUUUCUUUCUUUGAUACUUUUUGCCUCUUUUUUUUUUUUGCUACGAGAGCUAAGCUCUUUGCUAUUAUGAACUAUAUUCUCAUGUUUUAAAGGAACUCUCAUUUCAGAUUCAUUCCUAUUAAUCAACUAAUCUAAUUUCUAAUAUUCAGCAGUAUUAUAAUUUUCCUUUUGGAAUAAUCCGACGACCGGAUAAUGGUAUUUAUCUGUAUAAUAAUGUAAAUAUUUUCACUACAAUUUAGUGAUGAUAACGGAACCCAUUCUAUAUAUUUAUUUUAGAUUUGAUGGAAGUAAUGUACGAAUGCUUGAGAUUGAAACCAA